AUGUCUCAAGAGGCUUUUUGUCUGACCCAUGCUGUCAGUCAAGUCGGCAAUCGGCAGGGCUGGUAUGGUAUGGUAUGGCAAAUCGUCCCAUUUUCGAGUCGUGAUGUGGGCCAAACGACCAACCGAACGGAGGCGACUGACGGUUUAAGCGCUGCCAAAGACCGACUUGCCCCGACGCCUUUGAGUGACAAGACAGAACGGGCCAACACAGCCCCAUACAUUGUUUGUCUGUGGGCAGAAAUGCUUAAAUUAUUUACCACAUUUGCACUGCGCCUAUUGUGCCUAUCGGACCGGUCGGCUAUGAAUGCUACCGUAAAUCCGGACAAAAUGUGA